GCAGGCGCGCGGCCGCGGCGGCGGUUGGGGAGGGUUCUUCCGGAAGGUUCGGGAGGCUUCUGGAAAAAGCGCCGCGCGCUGGGCGGGCCCGUCGCUAUAUAAGGCAGGCGCGGGGGCGGCGCGUCAGUUGCUUCAGCGUCUUGGUGCUGCUUUGCUGCGGAACGUUUGCAGCUUCUUAGCCAAGAUGCCUGAGGAGACCCAGACCCAGGACCAACCGAUGGAGGAGGAGGAGGUUGAGACGUUCGCCUUUCAGGCAGAAAUUGCCCAGUUGAUGUCAUUGAUUAUCAAUACUUUCUAUUCGAACAAAGAGAUCUUUCUGAGAGAGCUAAUUUCAAAUUCAUCAGAUGCAUUGGACAAAAUCCGGUAUGAGAGCUUGACGGAUCCCAGUAAAUUAGACUCUGGGAAAGAGCUGCAUAUUAACCUGAUACCAAAUAAACAAGAUCGAACCCUCAUUAUCGUGGAUACUGGAAUUGGGAUGACCAAGGCUGACUUGAUCAAUAACCUUGGUACUAUCGCCAAGUCUGGGACCAAAGCGUUCAUGGAAGCUUUGCAGGCUGGUGCAGAUAUCUCCAUGAUUGGCCAGUUCGGUGUUGGUUUUUAUUCUGCUUAUUUGGUUGCUGAGAAAGUAACUGUGAUCACCAAACAUAACGAUGAUGAGCAGUACGCCUGGGAGUCCUCAGCAGGGGGAUCAUUUACAGUGAGGACAGACACAGGUGAACCUAUGGGUCGUGGAACAAAGGUUAUCCUACACCUGAAAGAAGACCAAACUGAGUACUUGGAGGAACGAAGAAUAAAAGAGAUUGUGAAGAAACAUUCUCAAUUUAUUGGAUAUCCCAUUACUCUUUUUGUGGAGAAGGAACGUGAUAAAGAAGUCAGCGAUGAUGAGGCUGAAGAAAAAGAAGACAAAGAAGAAGAAAAAGAAAAAGAAGAGAAAGAGUCCGAAGACAAACCUGAAAUUGAAGAUGUUGGUUCUGAUGAGGAAGAAGAAGAAAAGAAGGAUGGUGACAAGAAGAAGAAAAAGAAGAUUAAGGAGAAGUACAUCGAUCAAGAAGAACUCAACAAAACAAAGCCCAUCUGGACCAGAAAUCCCGACGAUAUUACUAAUGAGGAGUACGGAGAAUUCUACAAGAGCUUGACCAAUGACUGGGAAGAUCACUUGGCAGUGAAGCAUUUUUCAGUUGAAGGACAGUUGGAAUUCAGAGCCCUUCUAUUUGUCCCACGACGUGCUCCUUUUGACCUGUUUGAAAACAGAAAGAAAAAGAACAACAUCAAAUUGUAUGUACGCAGAGUUUUCAUCAUGGAUAACUGUGAGGAGCUAAUCCCUGAAUAUCUGAACUUCAUUAGAGGGGUGGUAGACUCGGAGGAUCUCCCUCUAAAUAUAUCCCGUGAGAUGUUGCAGCAAAGCAAAAUUUUGAAAGUUAUCAGGAAGAAUUUGGUCAAAAAAUGCUUAGAACUCUUUACUGAACUGGCGGAAGAUAAAGAGAACUACAAGAAGUUCUAUGAGCAGUUCUCUAAAAACAUAAAGCUUGGAAUACAUGAAGACUCACAAAAUCGGAAGAAGCUUUCAGAGCUGUUAAGGUACUACACAUCUGCUUCUGGCGAUGAGAUGGUUUCUCUCAAGGAUUACUGCACCAGAAUGAAGGAAAACCAGAAACAUAUCUAUUAUAUCACAGGUGAGACCAAGGACCAGGUAGCUAACUCAGCCUUUGUGGAACGUCUUCGGAAACAUGGCUUAGAAGUGAUCUAUAUGAUUGAGCCCAUUGAUGAGUACUGUGUCCAACAGCUAAAGGAAUUUGAGGGGAAGACAUUAGUGUCAGUCACCAAAGAGGGCUUGGAACUUCCAGAGGAUGAAGAAGAAAAAAAGAAACAGGAAGAGAAAAAAACAAAGUUUGAGAACCUCUGCAAAAUCAUGAAAGACAUACUGGAGAAAAAAGUUGAAAAGGUGGUUGUGUCAAACCGAUUGGUGACGUCUCCAUGCUGUAUUGUCACAAGCACAUAUGGCUGGACAGCAAACAUGGAGAGAAUCAUGAAAGCUCAAGCCCUAAGAGACAACUCAACAAUGGGUUACAUGGCAGCAAAGAAACACCUGGAGAUAAACCCUGACCAUUCCAUUAUUGAGACCUUAAGGCAAAAGGCAGAGGCUGAUAAGAACGACAAGUCUGUGAAGGAUCUGGUCAUCUUGCUUUACGAAACUGCACUGCUGUCUUCUGGCUUCAGUCUGGAAGAUCCCCAGACACAUGCCAACAGGAUCUACAGGAUGAUCAAACUUGGUCUGGGUAUUGAUGAAGAUGAUCCUACUGCUGAUGAUACCAGUGCAGCUGUAACUGAAGAAAUGCCGCCCCUCGAAGGAGAUGACGACACAUCACGCAUGGAAGAAGUAGACUAACUUCCGGCUGAGGGAUGACUUACCUGUUCAAUACUCUACAGUUCUUCUGAUAAUAUAUUUUCAAGGAUGUUUUUCUUUAUUUUUGUUAAUAUUAAAAAGUCUGUAUGGCAUGACAACAGCUACUUUAAGGGGAAGAUAAGAUUUCUGUCCAUUUCUAAGUGAUGCUGUGGUACCUUAGGCACUAAAGCAGAGCUAGUAAAUGCUUUUUUAGUUUCACAUUGGUUUAUUUUAACAGAUUGGGGUAACGUAUGUUGUAAGAUGUAUGUAACACGUUAACUUUGUGGUCUCAAGUGUUUAGCUAUCAAGCCGGAUUUCUGAGUAGACCAAAUCUUGUUAUCGAAGUGUUCUUGAGUUAUAUACCUGGAUGUUUAGAAGUGUUCUUGAGUUAUAUACCUGGAUGUUUAGAAAAGUAUUUGUUACAUCUUGUAGGAUCUACUUUUUGAACUUUUCAUCUCCUGUAGUUGCCAAUUUUGCAUGUACUAGUCCUCUAGAAAUAGGUUAAACUGAAGCAGCUUGAUGGAAGGAACUCUCCACAGGGCUUAUUUUCCAAAGAAAAGUAUUGUUUGGAGGAGCAAAGUUACAAGGCUACCUAAGCAUAUCAUAAAGCUGUUCAAAAAUAACUCAAGUCUUGUGGAUGGAAAUGUAGUGCUCGAGUCACAUUCUGCUUAAAGUUGUAACAAAUACAGAUGAGUUAAAAGAUGUUACAUGACAGUGUGUCUUAUUUAGGGGGAAAGGGGAAUGUCUGGAUGACAUUGGUGCCACAAUGUAAAACAGGUGCUAGCAGGAGAUGGUUAAACACUGGCCGCUCCAAGGGUUGACAGGAUCUUCCCAGCAUAUACUCUGCAGGUGUGGGGUGGAGCACAUGAAGUAGGCACAGAAAAUACCAGUGCAGACGACAUGUAUCCCCUGUCUCUGUGAGUUAACACGUGUUCUCCCCUUAGUGUCCACAUUGUUUUGAUAUUAUUCAUGGAAUACUUUGUUCUAAAUAGAGUCACUUAAUUCCUUGGC